CGGAGUUCCUGUGUGUUUUUAGCAGGUGUGUGGUUAAAUAUCGUACAGUGUCGUGAUCUUCGUUUUGCCAUCGAUUACAACUUGAUUCAGUGAGUACCUGAUUGAUGGGUUUUCCAAUCAAACUCCCUUGCUGAGCGUGUUAGGAAAAGUUUGAAAAAAAAACGAUCCACUUCUCCCACCUGUGUUUGCGUGCGUGUGUGUGUUUCUGUGUGCUAAAAUAUACAAGUGCACUCGGAGCAGAAGUGUGUGCCGCAGUUUAUCGAGAAAGGAAACGGAAACGCAACAAAGCAAUUACGCUUGGGGACGGGUUCGCAAUAGGAAACACCGACAAAACGUGCCUCAGACGUUUCGAUCCGAUCUCGAUCCGGGCCGGGGAAGCUUCCACCAGACCGGAACCUCACCCGCCCAACGCGACACCCCCUUAGAAGGAACGUUUAACGCAUCUUGCACGGGUGCAGCACACGCCGGAAAGGCGCACAACGACCGAGCGUACCGGUACGAAAGGGCCGCCCCGUUAUAGAAGGACACAGCGAAAAGAGGGAGAACAAGACACACGGAAUAAGAUAUCGUCCACCAAAUUCACCGCCCAGCACACGAGGGGUGUCCAUGGCCCAUGCACCACCAUCUAUGGAUUGUCCCCACCGGAGGAGCAGGCGUCUCACGUAACCGCUAGAGUAGUAGAGCUGGGGGUGUUUCGCAGCCGCCGUCAGAAACCGUGUCGGCCACGGAUAUUCUCACAGACGGGUGGCGCGCCGCGAGUUUACCCUCAAAAAGCGCAUUCGGGGUCUCCGCCCUUCGCUCAAACGCCACCAACAUUGCUGCAAUAAGUGGGAUAGUGAGCGGGCGCGCUCUUUUAUGUAACAUCAACCCCCCGCACUCCCCCCCCGUCAACCCAACCCAAAAGGAAUCGGAUCGAACGUAUACCGUGUGUCGUUUGCCCUCCUUAGGCCGGAGGAGACGAGCGGGGUACAUAGUUUUAGCGAAACGGAACUCGGAUAGAGGAGAAGCUGCACGAUGUUUGCGAUGGAUCGAUGUCGCGAUGUAACCGGCCUGUCUGAGCGUCACGUGAAAUGAAGACUGACACCAACCGACCGUGGGUCAUAGCACAGUAAACUCUAGCCUAAGAAAAAAACGGAAAAGAAGCAACCGUCGGAACCGUCGCGCGAAUCAACGAAAAAGAACAGGAAGGGAUAUGGUAUUGAGCGCGGUUUCCGAAUAAGAACAGUCCCUUUGCCGUGUGCACCACGCUGGAAGAUGAAUACGGAUGACAUUUACGAGAAUCUACCGUGUCAUGCGGACGACGCACUGCUGCGAAACGGUAACCAACACCAUCGUGCAUCGGCGGCCGCCGGUGACGGUGGCGAAGGCCGGCUGCGUUCCUCGGUGGCAGGUGGCGAGGAAAAUGGGGCAGGCAAGGUACAGAACAACCUGGCGCUCAACAGUAAGGAUAUGUUGUACGCGACACCGUUGAAAAAAUCCGAACGUCCCGCGAAGGUUCUGAACAACGGUGCCGGUGGGACGCAGAACGGGAACGGUUGUUCCGGUGGAGGAGGAGUUCCCCCAUCUUCCGGUGACGCCGAUCGCGAUGCGAAGAUCAUCAACGCCGAGCUGGAGGAUAAACGCAUCCGAGACUUUCUGAAGGAUACGUCACAGAUGCACAAGAAAAUCGAGCUCCACAAAACGUACCAAAGUUCGAACUUUUCCUAUCUCGCGCGAAAGGAACACUUUGCCGAUUUAGUGCAGCGGAAUGUGAACAACAAUGGGGGUAGUGGUAGUGGAGCUGUUUCGGUUGGUGACCAACAAGGAGAUGACCCCGGUGGAGGGGCAAGGGACAUAUCGCUGAUGGGGGCAGGUAGUGCCGGGGGAGGUAGUGGAUACAAGACGCUCGCUAGCGAGGAGGAGGACAACAAUCUCGAUGUGGAUAUAAACGAAUCGCUCAACGAGCUCGAGGCUAGGUGUAACGAAAAGCUUGAGAUGCUGACAAACCUCAAUAGGGGCCGGGGACUCCCUGGAAGUGCCACCGUCGAGCAGCGCUCGCAGGAGGACAACGAGCAGCAGGUGGCGGAUGAUGGUAUGGUGGAGGUAGGCGCCGGCGUCGUACCGAAACCCUCGGCACCUCCACUGUCUGCGGUGCAGACGGAACGGGGCGUGAAGCGGGGUGGCGCCUUUGGAAACGAUCUUGGUGGUGGUGGCGGAGGAACCAACGAAACGGCCAUCAUCAGUGCUCAUCUGAACCGGGAAUGGGUGUUGAAGAAGAUCGCUAUGUGUCUCGAGCAGAGGAUCGCGAAAAAACCCGUUCCUCCGGUACCGCCGAAUGGUGGAGCAGGGUUGGCUUCCGAAGGAGGCACAACGUCCACUCCAACGGUCCCGGGUCCGGGUGGUUUCUUCGCCCGGCAGGCAAGUGGUGGGGGCGGUACUGUGGCUGGAAUUCCUCCGGACGGCUCCGGCGCCACAGCAGGUCAUCGGGGAGGAGAGAAUGGACCACCCUCGUUGGGGUAUCUGGUGCUCGGCUCAAACGGCUCGGGCAAGACAUCGAUCUGCAAUGACAUCAUCGAGGGUACGUCGGGCACGAAGGGUAUGCUGAAUCGGCGUCUGCUGGCGUGCUACUUCGUUAACUCGCAGAAUCCCGAGUGUCACAGUUUGAGCAUGUUCAUCCGCAGCAUCAUUCUGCAGAUACUGAGCCACUCGAGCUUUGUAACACAGGACACUCGCAUGGGACAGGAAUUGGCAAACCUCUCCGGAGCGGGUUCCGUCGAACCGAACGAAGAAGUGCUAGUGAACACAAGCAACGACUGUCUACCGGAGGCGGAUCAGCAGCAACUGCUCAAGGUUACGGAAGAGGGAGGCGAGUCGAAAAGUGCAGCCGCCAGCGCACCGAAUCACAAGCUGCAAGCGGACGGCCACCCGUCCGAAGCGGUCGACAACGAGCUGGAGGAAGCAAUACGAACCGAAAUGAAAAUCAACGAACGUGUGGCGGAACUUUGUUCCGGUUCGGGUGGUCGUAAGAAAGUUUCCCGCCAACAAUCGGAACCGGUGGAAAGUUUGAGUAGGGAUCGGGAACAUCCGGCCUAUCCGUACAAAACGCACCCACCACCGGUGGCGAAAAGUGGUGGCACGGAACCCUCCACGGAAGCGGACGGUGAUGAGAGGGAGGAAAAAUCCACCAUGAGCCCCGGGAGGCCGGCGAAAGUUUCGAAGAUUCCGAUUGCCAUCGGAAGUACAAUUCGAAGCCCGAAGAAGGUGCUGUCCCCGAGUGGAGAGAAGCAAGGGGACGAGGAGCGGGAUAAAGGGAACCAGCCAAGAAAAGAUAACGAGGAAGAAACCAUUCUCGAAGGGGGUGGUGAAGCAAUCGCCGAAGGGGACAUGAGUGACAUCAAGCUGGAAGACGAAGAAGCGGAAGGUGAAACGAAAGAACCCGUGACUGAACCGCGGAAGGUGGUAACGGAAGCAGGGGGGUGCUCUAGGGAGGAAGCCACGGAGACGAGGAAAUCAUCGCGACCGGUUGAGAAACCGAUGGAAACGAGUAUCCCGCCACCGCUACCAAAGUCGAAAAACUGCCGGCAGGUGAUCGCGGACGGGUACUACGAGAUGUUGCUCAGCAAUCCGGACAUUUUCGAGUCACUCACCGUGGACAGCAUCGAGAAGAAUCCGGACGAUUGCUUUAAGAAAGCGAUCCUGUUUCCGCUGCUCGAACUGUGCCCCCCGAAGAGCGCUCUGCUACUGCUGAUCGAUUCGAUCGACGAGAACUACAUCCAGGACGGGAACCUUAUCUCGACGCUGAAGGGCAAGCAGGCGACAAAGAGCCGAAACAUUGCGGAACUGCUGUCGAACCACAUCCAUCUGAUGCCGAAGUGGUUGUUUAUGGUGUGUACGGCAAAGAAGCAGAAUAAAAACAUCACCAAACUGUUCACCGGGUUCAAGAAGCUCACGCUGGACGAUCUGCGCAAGUCGCACGUGGUGAAGGACGUGCAGCAGUAUAUCAUCAACCGGCUGAACACGGACUUCCGGGGGAUUAAUCUGACCAAAGACAUCAUCGAGAGCCUGAACCAGCUGUACAUCAAGUCGAACGGUUGCCUGUUGUAUCUGUACAAGGUGCUGAAUGGGAUCCGGGAGAACUUUUUUACCUUUCGCGAGAUCAAGCUAAUCCCGUGCACGCUGAACGGGCUGUACCUGUACAUCUGCCAGAAGUCCUUCAACAAGAAGCAAUACAACAAGAUACGCCCGAUCCUGAACGUGCUGCUGGUGUGCAAUAGCUACGUGGACAAGUACUUUAUCUACAACUGCCUCCGGACGCACAAUUACACGCUGGAGAUGGAAGACUUCGAGCGACGGCUGGAGCUGAUGCGCAACAUCGUCGAGUACAGCCCGACGAACCCGUGCGCCCUGCGCAUCUUCCACAAUUCCUUCUGCGAUUGGCUGAUCGACGUGAAGUUCAGCACGAAGAAGUUCCUCUGCGAUCUCAACGAGGGCCACGUGAUGGUAUCGAUGUACUACACGGUCGUGGCCGAUCAGAUUUGCCCGAACAAACUGCGGCUCUAUCUGUACCACCUGAUCAAGACGGGCGAGUACCUGACGAGCCGGAAUGUCGAUCUCGAUCUGUUGCUGAUACUGCUCGAAACGAAAUCAAACCUGGCCGACUGCUUCUACACCAACCUGCUAAAUUGCUGUGCAAUGUGCGAGGACGAGUGCCGGAACGACAUCAAUCUGUCCGUGCGCACCAAGUACAUGCUGGAGCGGUUCCUGAACGGUCAGCUGAGCGAUGAUUUUAUGAUCUUCCUGAGUGACUUCUUCAAACCGAACCUUCCGACCGACUGUAAGGUGCUGAAACUGCUGAUUGAGACCGGCAUCAACAACGCCGAUACGGCUCUUUCGUGUGAAUCGUCCGCGAUCAACUCGCCAGUACUGUCCGAUCGCUCGCAGAACAUCGACUCGGAGCUAGCGGAACUGUUAAUCUCGAGCGAGAAAAGUUGCCAACAGGAGCUGCAGAAGUCGAUCAAUAUUGAGCUCGAGUGCAACGGGACCCUGGCCGGGAGCAGUAGCGUCGGUGGAGGUAUGAUCGAUGUCGCCAUGCUGGGUGGUGCUGUGGGACGGGAUGGUGCUUCGGGUGCAUCGGGACUGGCGCGUCAUCGGUACAGUGCGGGACCAUCGCUGACCGGUGGUGACGGAGGGAGCAGUGCGCUCGGGGACUCCAAGUCGGACAUACAGAACGAUCGGGUCGGAAGUGGCGUGCAGUGCGACAUCUUCGAAGGGGAGAUGCAUAAGGGUAAGGCGCUGAUACACAUUCUGGCGAACGAAGGAAACCACACGCUGCUGGAACGGGCAUUAAAUGCUUGCAAGGAUCCAAUUGACCUGGAAAUAGAAGAUCUCAAUGGGCAAACAGCCCUCAAUAUCGCCGCACGCAAUGGACAUCAGGAAAUUGUGAAGCUACUGCUAACGUACAAGCAACCACUGAGGGACGGUACUGGCCGGUAUCGAAUGAUUGACGUGAACCAUGCCGAUCGGGACGGUUGGACUCCGCUACGGUCGGCUUCGUGGGGUGGUCAUACGGAGGUUGUAAAACUGCUCAUCGAAACCGGCGUCUGUGCCAUUGACCGUGCCGACAAGGAGGGACGCACGGCCCUACGUGCAGCGGCUUGGAGUGGCAACGAGGACAUUGUGAAGAUACUGAUUGAAGCCGGUGCCAAUGUGAACUCGAUCGAUAAGCAGGGACGCACAUCGUUGAUCGCUGCCUCCUACAUGGGCCACUAUGACAUCGUGGAGAUUCUGCUGGAGAACGGUGCGGACGUCAACCAUACCGAUCUGGACGGACGAAAUGCGCUGUGUGUUGCGGCGUUGUGUGGCAGUUCCGGGUACAGCAGGGUCAUUUCGACGCUGCUAGAGUACGGUGCCAACACGGACCAGACGGAUAACGAGGGGAUGUCUCCGCUAUUGGUCAGCUCGUUCGAGGGAAACUCAGAAAUCUGUGAGCUGCUGCUCGAAAACGGGGCCGAUCCGGAUAUGGCCGACAACAUGGGACGGACGCCGCUGUGGGCCGCCUGUACCUCGGGCCAUGCGAACGUAGUAAAAUUGUUGCUCUUCUGGGGGUGUGGAAUAGACUGUAUGGACUCGGAAGGACGCACCGUGCUGAGUGUGGCGGCCGCACAGGGUAACCUGGAAACGGUCCGCCAGCUGCUGGAUCGGGGUUUAGAUGAAACACACCGAGAUAAUGCGGGCUGGACACCGCUGCACUAUGCGGCGUUCGAGGGUUAUGCGGACAUUUGUGUGCAGCUGCUGGAAUCGGGCGCGAAAAUUGACGAGUGCGACAACGAGGGCAAGGCUGCGCUUCACUUGGCCGCCCAGGAGGGACACAAUGCGGUGAUGGAAGCGAUUCUUAACAUUCAUCGGCCGUGCAUCGAUCAGCGGGCGCACGAUGGCAAGACCGCUUUCCGGCUGGCGUGCCUGGAGGAACACUUCGAGUGUAUCCAGACGCUGCUGAAAUACGGGUGUGACAUCAACUCGAAGGACGCGGACUCGCGUACAACGCUGUACAUUCUGGCGCUGGAGAACAAGCUGAAAGCGGUCAAGUUCCUGCUCGAAUACUCCAAUGCGGACGUGAACAUUCCGGAUAGCGAGGGAAGAACGGCACUGCAUGUUGCCGCGUGGCAGGGCCAUGCGGAGAUGGUGAAACUGUUGAUCACUUUGGGCAAUGCCGAUGUGAAUGCGAUGGAUUUGGAAUCGAGAACACCUCUGCAUUCCUGUGCCUGGCAGGGUAACCACGAGGUGAUGCAGCUGCUACUUUACUACGGUGCUGUUCCGGAUCACGCCUGCAAGCAAGGCGCAACGGCGCUAGGAAUUUCUGCCCAGGAGGGACACGAGAAGUGCGUCAGUUAUCUGCUAAAGUACGGAGCUAACCCGUACAAAUCGGAUCACUGCGGGCGGACGCCGAUCAAGUUGGCAGCGAAAUCGAAUCGCAACAAUGUGCUGCGGAUUUUGGAGAACUUUACAAAGAAUGAUUUAGACUGCGGCAAGAUGAUACAUCCUCACUUGAAUCUUAAAUCACCGGACGAACUUCCACCGUGCAGUUCGAUACACAACCCUUCGCCGUCGUCCGGUUACCCGAACAAUCCAAGCUUGCUCAUGCCCACGGGGGGCGGUGGUGGGCCCAUACUGAAUGCGUCCUCAACCAACUCCAACACGACCAGCUCGACCACGCAAAAUAAUAAUAACUUUUACGAAAACACGAUGCACUCCGACACGAGUAGCCUACAGAAGCGUAAGAGUGUCAUCUCUAGUCAAUCGACCGGUAGCAGUAACGAGCAGGCACCGAUGUCGUUCACGCAGCAACUGCAAAAACAUUCACGCCAUCAUAACUCCAAGUCGCAUCACAUUGUCCAGCAGCAGCAUCAGCCGCAUCAUCAACAGCAGGCGUCGGUUGCCAAGUUUGGUAGCAAAAAACAUUCCCAGGUACUGCCGAACGUCGAGGAGUACCAAGCGAACAUAGCAUCUAACAUUCGCAUGAACCCCAACGAUGCUGACCUGUUCGAUCUGGGCUGCAUGUCACCGUUGUACGCCACGCCUCCGCACUCGCCCAGCAGCGAAAUCAGUUCGCCUGGGCAAAACCAACCACCCUCGUCGCUGGCCCUGCUCGGCAAGCAGUUCGAGGAGAUGAACAUUAGUCUCUCGAACAACAGUACGAUUAUGAACCCGCACGAUAAUCAUUUCGCCCGGGACACCCACAUGCGCAUCAUUCUGGGCAACAAUCAGAAGGAAGGCCAACAGCAAUCCGGUUCGGGAGCUGCUGGCGGUGGAGGUAAAUCAUCGAAACGCAGUGGAAUUGCAACAAAUCCGGCCAUGCGUUUGAUUCGCAACCGGAUCGAUUCGGCGGCCCAGCUGAUCCGACGCACCAACAACAUGCUCUCGAGUGGCGGCAACAAUCAGGGCUCGUCCAGCAUUGGCGUCAAGUCGGGGACGUUCCAGUGGCGCAAGGAAAGUCAAAUGUAAUACUUCGGCGGCUGGACAAGGGAAAAACAAACAGGGAUAAAAAAACACAGGAAGAUUUCUACGCACUUCGACGAGAUUAUUCAUCAAUUUGAAGAAGAAAGGUGUUACCCGACAGCGUGAGAGGCAUGACCGACGGACACUUCGUAUGCCGUCAAAGGACUUUUUGGACAGUAGUAUCUUUCACGCUGAAGAGAGAGCCUAACGAUGGGAAGAUUUAACAAAAUCAUGACACAAUUUACGAGCUGUAUCCAACGAUUGAAAGCAUCCACUGGACCUGGGUAUCCCUUCUUCUCAAGGGGUCCGCAACGGGUCGAUGGUGUGUACCUAACUGGGUCAGUAUGUGAUGAUAGUGUGGCAUUUAUUAUUAACAAAAACAAAGCGGACACGCGCCAUUAUUGUGAACACACCCAAUAUAUGGUAACUAUAUAAAUAAAUGUAAGAGUUUAUUAUCGCCGGUUGUAGAAUUCAGGAACACAAAACACUCUGCAAGGAGAUCAGUUGAAAUGAAGCAAAAUGAAACGGGAGGACAAAAAGCAAUGCAAAGAAAUGUAUCGAUUUCAUCCGAUGGCUUCCUCGAUGCAAGAAGUUGCCUGGACAACGUGUAUCGACAUGCGUGAGAGUGUGUGUGUGCGUGUGUGUGUGCUAUUCUCAGUAGCCGGGGUGUUGGUUUGUGUUGCACACUAGAGCAGAAUAACCGCGGAAACGCGAAUUUCCGAUAUCUAUUUCAUAUUUUUCGUAAACGGAAAUGUAGUAAUUUUGGGGUUGGGAACACGUUUUCCUGAUCAUGUGAAUAUUUUUACACAGCAGUAGGUUAUUUUUUAAAUGUCCGUUUAUGAAGAUGCUCUGUAAAGUUUUUUUUACACGAGUUCAACCACCUGUGGCUUUGUUUUCGAAGACUUUCUUUGGUUUUAGGAAAACAGCGCACUAAACAAGAGUAUUGUUUUGCUUUGACAAUCUGGUUUAGUUUUCUUACGAAUCUGCCUAGUAGUUCCGAUAUUUUGUGUACACCUCCUUUUUGUAACGUAUCCUACACACGCCAGGGAUAGUAGAUAAAUGAAUGGCCUUGAAUGAGAUAUGUGUCGCUGGUUUAUUUUCAUAAAAUCCUCUCAAUCUCAAGCACGGUUGUUAUUUACCGCCCCCUCAGUGAAUGGCCAGUGCGGUCCCAGGUAUAGAAGAUGGAUUGCAUCAGCUAAGCAUCAACGGGUACUGAAUCAAUCUAUUAUAUCAGCGUCCCGAAAAGUUUGCAAAUCACCGAACGAAAGAACUAGAAACCCAAAACCACAAAGAAAAAAUUACAAAUUAUAGUAGUAAGUCUUACGCGUCACUUGACGCGCCGUAGUGUGCACGCAAUGAAACAUCCGCACGAUUAAAAAAUUCACCGUUGCCAGUAGGUUUAAUGUCGCGAAAGAUGUGUACCCGGUUCCGAUGCGAACACGGACAACCUGAAAUCCUCCCAAUUACAAUCAGGUUUACAUGAAACAAGCGUUGGUCAAGUCGAUAGUUAUACGCAAUGAUACAGGACGUAAUGAGAUAAUGGGUGGGAAUGUUUGAUGAGAGGACGACCGUGUACAUCCUUAAUUUGAACACGUGUUGGCGUGUUGUAAGUGGGGCAUUAUUUGGGAAUGCACAAACAAUCGUCGUACAACGCCGAACAAAGCUCAAUGUCGAAGAGGGUUUACUCAAAGAAGUAUCGUGUAGCAGGGGGGAAACGGCGAAAGGACAGUAAAUACUUAUUCAUUCUAGUCGAGAAUUAUUUCAAACGAAACCCGGAAUGCCAAUUCCGCACGAAACCGACACAGGUGUCUUCACAAUGCUCUGGAAACCUAGUUUUUCUUCCAGUGGUUUCGGUUUUCUCACCUGUUGUCGUUUUUCCUCUAUUUUAAGGAUGUGCAGACAUCGGGAAUGGAAACCUACAACAUCAUGGCUUUUGAGUGCCUUUCGAUGCCGUGAUGUUGAGGAAUGGUCGUGGCCAAACGGGGGCCCCCAGUGUGAUUUAACCGGGAAAAGACGCGGUAUGUUGCCGCGUGGCGUUGAGGUGUGAAAAGAUGAGAAGCAAUGAUUUUUAAACAUCCUCUUCCGGUGUUUGUGUGUCGUACUGUACUAGCCAUAUAUUAUUUAUUAUUCAUCCGUUUCGUUCGUAAGUACGUCUAGGAGCGAGACUUUGUUUUGUUUUAAUUCCUUUCUCGGUUACCUGCCCCCUUCCGCCGUACUGGUGUGCAAAGUUGAGUGUGAAGAGAGGUAGAACGCGGAAGACGUUCGGUAAGCAACACUAUAGUUAUAGUAAUAAAACGUGAAUAAUUCCUUUUAUUUCAAUGUAAUUGACAGUGAAUCUAUAAAGAAGAGAUAGUAGUGUAAAACGAAUAAAACUUGAUACAACUGAAGUAGAAACUGCUGAAUGU